UAUGUAGUUUCACUUUAUUUCAAAAAAGUUUGAAUUUUCUUUGUAAAAUUGUGAAUUGGUAAACGUUGGAUUUGAUUGGUUUUAUGUGAACAACUUUAAUCAUGAGGAAUAUAUUAACAUCUUUUGUGCUAAGUUUAUUUAUACUUACCUGUAUUGGUAUAACUGUGUCUGCUAACAAUGAAGCCCACGGACGGUUAACCAUUUUUCCGCAGGGUGAAAGAGCUCGGUUUGAGGCUCACAAAACGCUUUUACUUACUUGCCUAGGUAUUAACGUAGAGCCUAGAUACUUUUCGGACUUUCAAUGGUUCAAUCGAGAUAAUGAGCGCAUCUUUUCAGACCAAAGGAUUCGAUUAAAGCAAUCUGCAGGUUCCCUCAGUUUAAUAAUAAAUGAUCCUGAUAUUGGUGACGGAGGUAACUACCGUUGUACUGCAAUCUAUCAAAAUACCAAGCCACUUAAUGCUUCUAUCGAGAUUAUUGUGUUCAAAAGUAUUACUUGGGAUGAUUGCCCAGAAGAUCAAUUUCUUAUAAUGGGUUUAGAAAACCAAAAGAUUGUGUGUAAAGUUUCAUCCAAACCAACUUCCAAAAUCGGUUGGGAAAAAGACCGUCAAGAAUUGGACAAGCAAAGAUAUUCCAUUACUAAUGAUGGGAUUAUGGUAAAAGGGCCUGUAUCUAAUGAAACUUCUGGGUUAUAUAAGAUAACAGCAUCUAUCUUAGAACAUGGUAUCCUUAGAGAUCGUAAUAUCAGAGUUCAAGUGUUAGUGAAACCGUCCAUAGUUGAAUUUGCCAAAUCUGGAGAAAUUGUUGAAGGUGAAAGAGCGGUAAUUGACUGUAAAGCAACUGGAACACCUUUACCAUUCUAUUCAUUCAUUGACAAUCGUCGAAGAAACUUAACAUUUGAGUCUGGUUAUACUGUUGAUACAGUUAAUGGAAGGCUAAUUAUUGAGUCAGUAAAAAAAGAUACUGAAAAUCAAUAUAUUGAGUGUCAUGCCUCAAAUACAGCUGGUGAGGCUAACCAAAGAAUGGAACUCAAAGUUUUCACCAAACCUGUGGUAUUUCAAUUUGAAAAUGUUACUUAUGGUGAAGGAACACGACAGGAGUGGAGUUGCAAAGUUCGUGGCAACCCAAUUCCUCAAGUUGAAAUUGUAAAAGUUACCAGCUCUCAAGAUGGAUUGGAAAAACAUCGAUUACCUAUUGUUGCUUCUCCUUACACUUUUGAAACCAAAAAUAUUGGUUUAAAUGAAAUUGAAUUCCGUAUGAAAGUUAACGCAGUUACACGAAAGGAUGAUGGACUUUAUUUUUGUCGUGCUAAAAAUAAGGCUGGUGUAACGGAAGUUGUGGGUCACAUUCAAGUUGAAUUCGCGCCUGACCUUUCAUUAACCAAUACCAAUGUUAAAACUUGGGCAAGUAACCCAGUUAACCUGACAUGCAUUGCUGAAGCUAUUCCUAAUGCAACCAUUUCCUGGAGGUUCAACAAUGAAGAUAUUCGUUAUCAACUUUCAGAUAGUUUCGCUAUUUACGAAGGUAAUGGAAUUAGCCAUUUGCUGGUUAAACCAAAUGCUGGGAAAUACGUUUAUGGAGCCUAUUUAUGUGUUGCUGAAAAUUUAAAAGGAAUCAAAACAGUAGAGAUAAAGUUAACUGAAGCUUUUAGUCCAAAAGCCCCAAAUGUGAAGAUAAUUAAAACGCGUCCAACUUCCAUUGAACUGGAACUAUCUGAUGUUGAGUCAGACUUACAAAUAAAAAAUUAUGUUGUCAAAUAUUGGCGUGAGUCUGAAGCUGACACAGAAAAGCAAAAAAUUUGGCCCGCUUCUGGUAAAAUUUAUCGCAUUGAAGAUUUAACCCCAAGAACACGUUACCGAAUGACUUUUGCUGCUGAAAAUGAUGUUGGAACUGGAGAUUUUACUCCUUUCCGUGUUGAAUCUACACCAGGGGAAAGUAGACCCGAAAAACCUAUUUUCUUGUUCGACGGUGAUCUUGAAACUCGUCAAAUGGCCAUAGAUGGACAUGUGAAAAGUAAUUACGGUGAUAGGUAUCAUGUUAGAUGGAAUCAAGCUGAAGAUAAUGGACGAGUAGUUACUCAUUACCUUAUUAAAUAUUAUAAAGUUCAUAAAACUCAAGAUGGUUAUUUAAUCAACGGUGAAGAUAAUGCCGAAGUUAAAGUGAAUGCUCAUGACUCUUUGGAAUAUACUUUGCGAUAUUUAUCUCCAAAUACUAUGUAUAAAAUUGAGCUCUAUGCAGUAAAUUCAAUAGGAACUAGCGACCCAAGUGAACUCAUCUUUAAAACUUCAACCUCUGCUUCAUCUCCUUCUGGUUGGGGUCAAGACUUGGACUAUGAUGAAUCCUACAACAGCAUGGGAACAGCACUCAUCUCGGUUGCCAUAUCACUCAUAAUAAUCCUCAUUUUAAUGGACAUAAUCUUCUAUAUCCGUUGUAAAGUUGGUGUAUUAUAUUUCAUCAAAAGCUUCAUCUGGCCUGAGACAUCAGUCAAUAGUCAUAAAAAAGCAAAAUCCAAUGAUUUCCAUCCUGCCAACCUUGGAUCAAUUUCGGAAGUCAAGCGAUCAUCAAGAAGUGAAAUUGAUAAUCCCGCUUUUGAUUCUAAUAACGGAAAGAUUAGAAGUGAUGAACUAACACCCAUGAUGUUGGUUACUGAUUCAAGAGGAGAUAUUCAUGACCGAGUCAACAACCAUCAAGUAAUCAGAAAGCCCAAAGAUAGUGCUGUAUAAAGAGGCGCGUUUGUGUUUAAUCAACACUCAACUAUAAAAAGUGUGUUUCUUUUCUACUGUGAAACUAGUUUCAUUUGCAACUCAGCAAAAUUGUAUCAUCAAAAAGUCAUCAACCAUCAUCAAAGUUCAGAACCAAAGACUUUCUUUCCCCUGCCUCUCGCAAAUUUAUAUAUAAACCAUUAUUUGCAUAAAUCUAUAUAUAUUUUAUAUUUCUGACAGCAUUCCUGAUGCAAAUUGAAUCUCAUAAUAGUCUAUAUAUCAAAGUAUAUAUAUAUAUUUAAAUCUACUCACACAAUGAAAAUUACAAAAACACAUCAAUACACAACAAACAAAGUAUCAUUAACAAAUAGCAUAAAGAUGAAGAUGAAAUUAACAUCCUGGCUUCCCAAAGUCAAUGGUGAAGAUAUUGACACACCUCGACGCCAUUGAAAUGGUCUUUUUUUCAUACAUCUAAUAACUGACUAUUUAAUCACCCGACAAUUGUUUGUGUAUGGAAGGUGACUGAGAUCAUCAAUACAACUCUCUUUUCAAAUAGUCAUAAUCUCCAUCUAUCAUCAUCUCCAUUAUCAUCAUCACCAUCUCCAUCACCAUCACCAUCAUCAACUUUCACUUUCCAUCAACAAAAAAAAACAAGUCAACGAAUCCCAUUUUUCACCUUAUAUGUACCUAUAGCUGGGGACAACAGCAACCAAAUCUUUUUUGUCGAGGACUUAAUACAAGAAUGUAUGUAAAAUUUGGCGAUAAAAUCAUCUGUGAAAUCACACAUUUUUUUACCACCAAACAAAAACAAAGUCAAAUAUUUCAGAUUUUUGUUCAUCUCUCUUUUUUUGUCUUGUUAACAUAAGUAACAAACAACUCUAUCAUCAAUAUUUAUAUCUUUUCUGCCAUAAUUGUAAAACCCAACCAGUAGAGAUACAUGUAUUUUGGAUUGGCCUAUUUGAUAAUUUCGGAUGGAUUUCUUGAUCCUCUUUUUUUAUGUGAUAUCUCAACGUAAAACUUGACGAGCUUCAUUAUUCAGCCACUGAAAUCAUCUUUAACUCUCUCCUCACUCAACCAUGAUUUAAUGUCAUUACUAUUUUGCACAACAUCUUACUCUUUCUCUCCCCCAAUACAUAUACUCUUGAACUUUUCUUUCACUUUUUUUUCGUUUCCCAGUGAUUCUUUUCAACUACUCUUGUCGAUUUCAAGACAUCAAAAUGGAUUGCAAGGAAUAAUGAAAACGCUUCAAGAUUUAUCCAUCAACACCAAAUGAUCAAUCACCAAUUUCCAGACUCAUAUGAUUUACCUGCCUGAUCUUACAGUCAUUACUCAGAUUGAAAGUGAAAUUUGAAAAAUGACGACAUUUCUUGGCAUGGUCACGGUUCAAAGAUAUUACCUUGCAAAUUGAAGGAAAUUAUUACCAGGAAUAAAGGAUGAGGAUAAAAAGAUGGAAUGAGCCAAAUAAGUAAAUGAGAAACCAAGUAAUUUGCAGAAAAUUUUGAAAAAGAUUCAUAAAACUUUGUCCAUGUUUAACUGCCUUCUCCAUUGGUUUGAAAAAUCAUGACGAUUGCUUACUUUUGAAGCUUAAAUUAAAAGAUAUGAAGAUAACCAAAACCCAAAAAAAAA